AUGGAGCUGGCUCUGAACAAGUCAUCGUCCUGCGUGGACUGUUGCAACGACUGCACACUUCUGCCCUGCUGUUCUUCCGCUGCCUGCUGCGACGCUAGCUGCAAGGCUAGCUGCGGAUUAAUUCCCCCCGAUCCUGUCAGAUACGAAACCCAGGAACCCGAGGAGAACUUUGUCUCAAUAGAUGAUCCAAAAAUCAAGGGAUUCCUCUUGAGAAUUGGCCAGCAGCAACAAGAAUUGGAAAAGGAAAGGAAAAAAAAGGAUCAGGAGAAAAGGGAGAAGAUACGGAGGGAGGCUGAGGAAAGAAUUUGCCAAAAUGUAAUCGAACUGGAUGAAGAUGAGGUCCAUUCAGCUAAGGGUCUUAUCAUCAGCGCAGCGAGGAGUUUAGCUCAUUGGAAUUCUUCCAUAAAAAGAAUAUCCCCAGAUAUUGAACUCAUACCCAAACCACAGCACAGAAUUGUUGCAGAAAUCGAGCUAAGCGAUAGUGAUCAGGAUAGCGAAGGAGAGGAAGAGGUGAAUCUUCCUUCAGAUACUGUUCGUUGCGUCCUAAACGGGCAGGAACAGAAGGCGAACGAGGAUCAGAAUCCUCAAGUGCAGGUGAUCAUUUUGAACUCCGACCUAGAAGAGGAACAGCAGCAAGAACAUGUAAUCAGGAAGAAGUUCUCUAACUCGAGGAGAUCAGCAAAAAGACGUCCGUAUGUCAACAGAAGAGGACGUCACCUGUACGAAUGUCCGAACUGCGGGAAGAAAGUGCAAUCCAAUUACAAUCUAAGACGUCAUAUGAUGAUACAUACAGGUGAACGACCAUUCCCGUGUGAUCUAUGCGAACGUCGUUUUCGGGAGUUUAGUGAUCUUAAGAAGCAUCGUCGAAGGCACUCGCAUGAUCCUCGAUUCAUCUGCAUGAUCUGUCACUUGGGACAACCUCUAGAGCAGGAUUCUACGAGGUGUGCGGAAUGUGAGAGCAAGAAUCUCAUGGUAAAGCCUCAGCCGGAGGAAUUAAGUGAUAAAAUUGUCGAGGAACGAGAAGAGCAGAUGGAAGAAGAUGAGGAAGAAAUGGAGGAAGAGGAUGAAAUUGAAGAGGAUGAACAGGCACAACUCAUUGGACCAUCCACUCUGCUGGUUACCUUAAUACCACCCAUUCAAUCUCCACCAGAAAAGGUUCCCCAAGAAACCCAGCCAAGUCGACCGCCUCUUCCUCGCAGUUGCAGCAGUGCCAACUCCUCAUCGUCCUUAAGCAACGAUGGAAAUGUAUCUGGGAAGCCCAUUAACCGCAGUCGCAGAUCUUAUCCCUGUCCUUUAUGUCAUCGCCCUUUCGGAACUCGUCAUAACCUUAAACGCCACUAUAUGAUCCACACUGGAGAAAAGCCUUUCAGUUGCUCCAAAUGCAGGAAACCCUUUAGGGAAUGCUCCACCCUCAAAAAACACAUGGUCACUCAUGUCAGGGACCGAUGGUAUAAGUGCCUUAGGUGUCCCUCCAAAUUCAGAGACUAUCUGGAGUACACUGAUCACAAAUCCAUUCAUUUAGACCUGCUUAGUAGUCACAAGUCGUCCACUUACGAAAGUGACGAUGAUGGCGAGAGUUCUGUAGAAGAAUGCCUGGAAUGCUGCGAGUGCCAGCAGAGAUUUACAGAGUUAGAUGCUUAUACGGCACAUCUCAAAAAGCACGACUUGGAAUUGUACGGCAUGAGUGUGGACGAUGUGGCGGACGACGAGCAUGACGUAGAUGUGGCUUAGAUAAGGGAACAGUAUAUUGAUUUAAUUAUGUGAGAAUUAUGAAUUCCGACGAUGAAGAAA